UCAAGUGACCGUUUGUAGAAAUUCAAAAUCCGAAACUAAGCAUAUGAUAUCUUCCAAUCAAUAGAGUUUUGUCUCACAUUUAUUUGAUAAUUCCAUUUCAACUCCAACAAUUUAUCAGCAACAUCAGAUCUUUCUUUCUCUCUCGAUCUGAUAUCAAAAUAAUUGAUUAGCCUGAAACAAUCAGAGAAAGAAAUAUGUAUUCAUCAUCGUACACUCCGACGUAUUACAACUCUCUACACGAAUCCAUCGCCUCUAUCUGCAAAUCCAUCCUUCCUUUCUCCUUCAAGAAGAAACGUCUUCCCGCGAUCAUGGCUGCCGAACAACUUCUGGAGAAACAGCAAUCUGACAACCUAAAAUGGCAGCAGGAUUCAUUCCAUCAGAUCCUCAAGCUAAUGGGUCUCGCCAAAGAAGGAAUCGUCCCUGAAUCAGACGUAUCCGCCUUCCGGACCCAUCUCCUUGAGACCCUUAUCGCAUCUCCGACCGAUUAUGAAAUUCCGGCCAUCUUGAAAGACAAGCUUCUGUUCUUGCAGGAGCUUCUUUACGCGAAAUCCAUAACUGAGGAUGAGUAUCAUUCUUCAAAGACGCCAUUGUUGCAGAGGCUUGCAGCACAGGGAGCAGAGAUUGAUUCAAGAAGCGUAAUCAUGGCUGCACCAAAAGAAAUUAAGGAUGAGAAUUGUCUUCUGAAUCGACAGAAAUCGAACUCAAAGGCUAAGUUUUUCGGUUUCAAAUCGCCACAGAAGAAGAAUUCGAAAGAUAAGGAUGGUGCAGAAGUUGUUGUUGACCCAUCAAAUUCUACUUCCAAGAACGAAUUGGGUCUUUCUAAAGAAAACCCUUUUUGGAAUAUAACUUUAAAUGAGACUCCAUCUAUUCUUAUGGAGCCUGUGAAGGAAGAAGACAUGGUGAUUGAAGAACAGAAGGGAAAACAGCUGAAAUCAGGAACUGAGAAAAGGAGAUGGGGAAUUAAUGGAUUCAAGAAAUGGAAGAACCAAGAAGAUGACAAUGGCAGCGGGGAAAACAGUAAUCCUAAUAUUUUUCCUUCUGGAGAUCAUCAAAUGAAGUUUGCUCCUCCUCCUCCUCCACCAAGUUUGAAGUCGAAGAAGAAUAAGAACACCAACCCUUUCUUACUGGAUUUUGAUGAUGAAGGUAAUCUACAUGGAAAUCCUAAGAAGAAGCUUGAGGAGGAAGAGGUUGAUUAUAAUAACCCCUUCUGGUCUCCAUCUAAUGGUUCUUCAAUUACAGGCUAAUUUAAUUUACUGCUUUUGUUUAUUAAUGGGUUGGGGAAAGUUUACAUUACAACCAGCUCUAAACUAUUUAAAUUUUCUAUUAAAUAAGACAAGAGACAUAUUUAAUUUUCA